AUGGUUCUCAUUCAUAGCCAUCAUAUCUAUAAUGGCAGCCUAGAUCAUGUAUUUAGCAUUUAUUCCGAGCCAAGCCAUCUCUCUCCCUCCCUAUCCCUCUCUCUCUCCCUAUCUAUCCCUUUCUCUCUCCCUAUCUAUCUCUCCAUCUCUAUCUAUCUCUAUUCAGUGGCUAUAAAAAUCAUUGAUAAAACUCAUUUGGACCGGGAAAAUCUCAACAAAAUUAUACGGGAAAUACAAAUUAUGAAAUUAUUACGACAUCCACACAUUAUUCGUCUUUAUCAAGUUCUGGAAACAGAGAGACGUAUCUAUCUGGUAACAGAAUAUGCGAGUGGUGGAGAAAUAUUUGAUCACUUAGUGGCACACGGUCGAAUGAAUGAGAAAGAAGCCCGGAAAAAAUUCAAACAAAUAGUUGCUGCUGUUUCUUACUGUCAUAAGCAUCAUGUGGUCCACAGAGAUUUAAAGGCAGAAAACCUGCUUCUAGAUGCUAAUCUAAACAUUAAAAUUGCUGAUUUUGGCUUCAGUAAUUAUUUCAAACCUGGAGCUUGCCUGAAGACUUGGUGUGGUAGCCCUCCAUAUGCUGCUCCAGAAUUAUUUGAAGGCCGAGAAUAUGAUGCGCCUAAGGUUGAUGUUUGGAGUCUGGGUGUAGUUUUAUAUGUGCUGGUUUGUGGAGCCCUCCCUUUUGAUGGCAGUACAUUACAAAGCCUCAGAGCCAGGGUGCUCCUUGGCAAAUUUAACAUUCCAUUUUUUAUGUCUACUGAAUGUGAGGACUUAAUCUGUAACAUGCUUGUUGUGGACCCUGUGAAGCGAUUGUCCAUGGAUCAAUUAAUUCAACACAAGUGGAUGAAGAUAAGUGGUGAAGAUAAGGAGUUUGAGAUGCUCAUUUCUGAGUACAAUGGGAAUGAAGAACUGAACCAUGAGAUCACUCAUCUUAAUGAACAAGUGCUCAACUACAUGGCUAGUUUCCGGUUGGACAGAGAAAGGACAAUAGAGGUGGAUUCAGUGGCUGAAUCAGCCCAACAUUUGAGCCAUGAACCAGUGGUUGACGAGCAUGGGUCGACAACAAUGUUGAAACACUAUGGAUUGGCUCAAAUCAAAUCUGCUGUGAAGAAACAAGCCUAUGACCACCACAGCGCCAUCUAUCACUUGUUACUGGACAAGUGCAAGCGACAUCCCAAAAUACUUCACAACAAACUGUCCAAUCCCCCAAGUCUCACUCCUAAUCUCCCAGUUGUCACCCGUACAGAACGACGGUCAAGCAUUACAACUGGUGUUGUUGAAAGAGUGGAGGUUCCUGUCGAAGUCCUUGACAAACCUUCACCCAGCCACCUUCCUUCUCCAGCUCUGUCCACUUAUCCACCACGCCCAUUCUUCACAGAUGCAGCACAAUUGGCAGAUCCAGAUGCAAUAUCACAGCAGUCAGACUCCGACAGUGAAGAACCCUCACCAGAAGCCUUGGCACGCUACCUGGCUAUGCGACGACACACGGUCGGUGUUGGUGAUGCUCGCCACGAAGUUCCUGAGGAUGUGCGUGUAAAGCUGGCCAACCACCAGCCUAUCAUAGCCACACCUCCCCAGCACAACUACUUGAUGCCAUUUGGGGCACCACUGCCCAACACAAAUCUACCCCAAAAUGUACCCCAACAAUUGCACAAUGAGCUGCCCACCUCACCCAGUUUGCGACGGGACCAAAACCUACUUCAACCUCCCCCUAUUCUUGGGCCAGGAUCUUCCAAUUUUUGUAGGCGUGCAUCUGAUGGUGGCGCCAAUAUUCACUGCUUCCUACGCCAUUUUCAGCAGCAGUCCCAACCAAGCAGCAAAGAAGGUCUCACAGCAACUACAACCACUGGCUCCCCAGCUGGAUUAUCGUUGAAUAGUCCUCUGCUUCAGCAUUCUGUAACAGUUGAAGAAACUAGCAGGACAGGCACCGGGGAAGAAGGUAGUUCGGACCAAGAACCUGAUAAGGAAGCUGUGUCCAAUUACAUGAACAACCGCGGCCUGUCCAAACGACACACUGUGGCUAUGACCAGUGCUGCCCAAGAAAUUCCCGAGGAGUUGCAGAAGAAACUUACUCUCCAUUCAGUCAGGACCAUGAGGCGGAGUGGUCUACAUCGGUCUGAAACCACUCCAGGCUGUGAAGCUGUCCCGCACAUGCCAAGUGAACGUUACUCCCCUCUGCGGCGUGCCAGUGAUGUUCUAGUCAAUGUGAGCAAGCACCAACCACAUCUAGAGAAAUUGUAUAAUGCUGCAGUGAACCCAGGCAAUUCUCCCACUCACACACACACAAGUCUGAAGCAACUGCAGCAGGAGUGCCAUGAUUUACAGAAGCAAGUGAAUUGUCGAGAGCCAGUGGAGCGUCAGGCAGAGUUAUUACAGCAGCAACAUGCCUUUCACCUGUUGCACCAACAGCAAUCAUUACAGCAACAGAUGCCUAGUCUUUCCAGGUCCCCAGUGCCUUCUCCUCCCCUCCCCUCCCCUACAAGCCAGUCAGCCAGUAGUGCCGACGUGCUGCCAGGAAACCUUAAUAACCAUUUCCAGAGACUCCAUCUUCAGCAACAUGGAAGCCCCACAACUGGCAGCCCUGCUAGUCCAACCAACUACAACAUGAUGAUGAGACCCCUGGGCAGCUCUGAUACAUCCCCAACACAGUCCUACUCACCACACUUACAGCAGAAUUUGCACCGCAUCCUGGAGGACACAGCCGAUAACCAGUCUACAGCCGAGCAUGAAGAGAUGCAGAUCCAAGAAGCAAGUGCAUCAGUGACUCAAAUCCCAAGCCAGCAGGAAAUAAGGCAGCGCCAGUAUGCUCAGACUCCUCAGAUCAGCAUCACAGACACGUAUGGAAACACUGAUGUGAUGGCUGCAGAUACCGAUCUCGAUAUUCCAAAGGAACCUGCUCCCCGACUAACGUCCAACUAUAGUUCCUAUGCUGAAACUGGUGCUUCCCUGUUAAGAGCAAAAUGUGCUGACCCUAAACUGCUCUGCACCUUUAUAAAAACCUUCAGUUAUCUAUUGGUUACCCCAGCUGGCCUGGACUCAAACUCUAGGUUACUGAUAUCUGGGAGCAGCUAA